AUGGCUCCUAUCGACCCCAAAUCAUUAGUAUUGGUGACAGGAGGCAACGGUUUCAUUGCCGCCCACUGCAUUGCCACUCUCCUACGUUCCGGCUAUCGCGUUCGAGCUACUGUUCGCUCCUUGGAAAAAGGCAAUGCAACGCGUCAAGCACUUUCAUCCGCAGGGGUUGAAAACCUGAAGUAUCUUGAAUUAGUCGUCGUAUCUGAUCCAACGAAUUUGAAGGCUUUCUCCGCUACACUGGAAGAUUGCCAGGCCAUCCUGCACUUGGCUUCGGCCUUCACCUACGAUGCCGUCCCCGGGGAAUUUGAAGAGAAGUUGAUGAUUCCUGCUGUCAAGGGGACACAAGUUGUCUGUGAAGCGGCGAAGCAGCAUUCAACUAUCCGACGCGUCGUGAUCAUGUCCAGCUUCGCGAGUAUUUACGACGCAAACCGAGGUCUGCAACCAGGGGUCGUCUACACUGAAACUGAUUGGUGUCCAUUGACCUAUGAGGAUGGUGCUAAUGCUGCAGCUGUGCCUAUCGCAUACCGGGCUUCCAAGGUCGUCGCUGAACGCUCUGCUUGGGAGUACAUUCACGAUAACCCCGUCGGCUAUCAAUUGAUGACCCUAUGUCCUGGGAUGGUGUUUGGACGAAUGAUCCAUCCGAUCUCAUCCCUGUCUCAACUCAAUGCUAGCAAUCAAAUCGUGUGGCAGGUCUUGAGUGCAGGUAAUCAGAAACAAAUUCCGCCGACAAAAGCUCCCGUUUGGACUGAUGUCGAGGAUCUUGCUGAAACAUGUCUCAAAGCCUUAACGUUCUCAGGUACAGGAAACGAAAGAUUCCUGGUAACUCAAGGUUGUUAUGAUACACAAGAGAUUGCAGAUAUCAUUCGAUCUCGGCUUCCAGAUACUCAUCGCGUACCAUUGGGAGAGCCCGGUAAACGAAUUUCCAGUACUCACUACUCCUGUGAUUCAUCGAAGGUGCAACGGGUUUUAGGAGUGAAGUUCCGAGCUUUAGAGGAUUCCAUUGUUCCACUUGCACAGCAGCUUUACGACCUGGAGCAACGUUAA